UGAACGCAGCUCGUCGUCUGCGGUGUGUUUACGUUUACGUCAUCACCACGCGACAAUGUGGUGGUGGCGGCGGACCCAAACAGUUUCCAUACAUGAAUUCUAUUCGGUAUUAAAUGUGAAAAUAUUUUUAAGGCACUGUCGCGACGCCUGGUAGCAUGGAGUCUAGCGACACUCUUCAGGGACUAGUAGCCACCGCCGCCUCCGUCCACUCCCGGCGAGUGGCGGUGACAUUCGACGGCGGGUCAGCGUCAGACGGUCCGGUGUCGCUCCUCUACCAGGACCUGCUCGAACUUUCCAGCGAGCUCUGCUCCGCUCUACGACAGCACUGCGGAGACAAUAACGGCGUUAUAGGACUGUACUGUAGCGACGAUCUGUUCAUACCGGUGUGGAUCAUCGGGAUCCUGCAGACACCUGCUGCUUACGUGCCGCUGGAUCCAGGUGUUCCGGGACUUGUUUCCUCCCGGGUCAUGAGCAAUUGCGGCCUCAAGUUCUGUACUGUGAAAAGCGACCUCCUGCAGAGAUUCCAGGCAGCUUUCACCCAGCACAUGAACGUGGACAUAUGCGCAGUGUUGCCCAAGUUCAAACUCACUCUGGUUCGCGUCGAGCCGCUGACGCACGACGAGCGGAAAACUGACCCGGCGCCCCCCGUCCGCCGUCGAGGGCGAAGUUUGGCGUACGUGCUGCACACAUCGGGAACGACGGGCCCGCCCAAGAUUGUGCGGGUACCGCAUGAGUGCAUACUUCCAAACAUCCUGCACCUGAGGCGUUUGUUCGAGGUGACUUCAGCCGACGUGGUCUUCCUGGCGUCGCCGCUGACCUUCGACCCUUCGGUGGUGGACAUUUUCCUGGCGUUGUCGUCCGGCGCUCAGCUGCUCGUCGUUCCAGCCGUGCUCAAGAAAAUUCCCAAGCGGCUGAGCGAGCUUCUCUUCCGCCGUCACGCGACCACCGUCAUGCAGGUCACACCCACGCUGCUGUCUCGCUUCGGCCCGCGUCUCCUCCGCCGGGAAGUUUUGUCGCACGGCUCGCCGCUGCGCGUGCUGGCCCUGGGCGGCGAGGCGUGCCCGUCGGCGUCGGCGUUGAACGCCUGGCGCCACCGGGACAACGCCACGGCGGUCUUCAACAUUUACGGCGUGACCGAGGUGUCCUGCUGGGCCACCUGCUACGAGAUCCCACCCUCGCUCCUCCGGCGGCCCGACGGCUCGGCCUGCUCCGCCGUGCCUCUGGGGGGCCCGCUGAUGGGCACCAGGGUGGAGGUGAGGGACCAAGAUGGCGGCGUGGUGACCGAAGGCGAAGGAGAGGUCUUCGUAGGCGGCGACGGCAGGGUGUGCCUCCUGGACCACGAGGAGGCGGCGGCGCCCGGGACCAUGAGGGCCACGGGAGACUGGGUGGACGUGAAAGGCGGCCAGAUGUACUACCGCGGCAGAAAAGACAGAAGCGUCAAGCGCCACGGCCAACGCGUAAACCUGGACGACGUGCAGCAGCUCCUCUCGAGUCUGCCCGAGGUGGAGUCCUGCGCCGUCUGCCUGCACGAAGGCUCCCGACUGCUCGCCUUCGCCGCGACCUCAUCGCCCGCGGAGGCCCCGUCUCCUUCCUCCGACCCGAGCGGGCUCCUCCUGAAGCGCCUGACGCCGCUGCUGCCCUCCUACGCCGUUCCCGACACGCUGGUGCUCGUGCCCGCCUUGCCUUUGACUCGUCACGGGAAAGUGGACGUGCGGGCUUUGGUGAAAAUAUACCAGAAGCAAAGUUUGGACGCCAAACAGACUCAUAAAGAUGUCACCGAACUCAAGAAGAUGCUGCAAAAGUUAUGGCUGGAUGCGCUCGGUCUGGACGACGCGACUUUGGACGAGGGUUCUCGUUUCCUGUUCGACGGCGGAGACUCGCUGAAGGCGCUCCGGCUCUGCGAGGACGUCCUGGCCGCCACGGGAGUCGGCUCGCCUCGGCUCUUGGAGGCGGUCCUCGACGGGACCUUCGCCGACGUCCUGCGGGUCCUCGUCGCGCCGGGGAAAAGAGAGCGCGUCGCGGCGGGAGCGCCUCCGGGGGGCGCCGACGAGAGGCGGCCUUUCAAAGCCUCGAAACCGGAGCGUGGGGCGACGGAUGCGGCGAGCGAAGACGGAAGAAGCGCGGCGGCCCUCGCCGAGCGCUGGUCGUCGGACACGGGCAGGUGCGUGGACGCCUCCCCGGCGCUUCUGGCGCGGGAAGGCGACGGCGGCUUCCGAACCGUCGUGUUCGUCGGCUCGCACUCGCACAGGAUGCAGGCCCUGGACCUGGACAGCGGACGCCUGCUGUGGGAGCGAGUCCUCGGGGGGCGCGUGGAGGCCUCGGCCGCCGCGUCGGCGUGCGGACGCUACCUGGUCGCAGGUUGCUACGACGGCGGCGUGUACGUGCUGAGCGCCGACUCCGGGGAGACGUGCUGGGUCUUUCAGACGGGAGACGCCGUGAAGAGCCAACCUGCCGUGGACCCCCUCACGGGGCGCGUGAUGGUGGGCUCGCAUGACGGUUCUGUGUAUGCCCUCGACCUCCAGGCCCGGCGUUGCGUUUGGAGGCGCCACUGCGGGGGCGGGGCCGUCUUCUCCUCACCCCACAUGGACGCCGCCCACCGCCAGCUGUACGUGGCCACGCUGGGCGGCAAGCUGCUGUGUCUCCACCCGGACAGCGGCGACGUCCUGUGGUCGCACAGCCGCGACGCCCCCUUCUUCUCCUCGCCGAAGCGCGGCGGCGACGGCGGCCGCGUGGCCGUCGGCUCGGUGGACGGAAACGUUCUCUGCUUCAGCCGCGACGGCGCACUGCUUUGGCAGUUCCGGACGGACGGCGCCGUCUUCUCCUCGCCGUGCGUGACCUCCGACCUCCAGCGGCUCCUGUGCGGCUCCCACGACGGCCGCCUGCACUGCUUGAGCGCCGCCGACGGCUCCCCGCUGUGGACGUUCCCGACGGCGGGCAAAGUCUACGCCAGCCCGUGCGCCUUCGACGGCGGGCGGCGAGGCGAGCUGGCGGCGGCGGCCUCCACCGACGGCACCGUCUACAUCCUGGACGCCCGGGACGGACGCGCGCUCUGCUCGAGGACGCUCCCGGGAGAGAUUUUCUCGUCCCCGGCGGUGUGCGGACGCUCCUUGGUGGUAGGGUGUCGGAAUGAUUAUGUGUAUUGUUUACAAAUGGAUAUUCAGCCAUAACUUACCUGCAUUU